CCUAAAUUCAUACAUGAAAGAAGGUUAUUUUCAUUUAGUUUAUUACCAGGGAUCAACCAUGCAAGGCAAAAUAAUUAUCUGGACACUUCUGGAUCUGGUGCUUUACACGUCUUUGCUACAAAUAAAUGCGAGUGCUGAACUUGGAAUUGGGACAAAUAAAAUUUAUGAGGGGAAACCAGGUCAGGCUUAUAAAGGCCUCGUGCUGGAAAAUGGAUUAAAAGUAAUUCUUGUGAGCGACCCGAAUACAACAUCGGAAGCAGCAUCGUUACAUGUUGCUGUCGGAUCCAUGAAUGAACCCAGAGAGCUACAGGGUCUCGCACAUUUACUAGAGCAUGUAAUUCUGCUAAGAGGAAGUACGAAAUAUCCAGAGUUACAAGGGUUUGGAAAGUAUUUGCAUCUUCAUGGAGGCUUUAGAGACGCAACGACACGACCGGAUAACACCGAAUAUUAUUUUUCUCUCAACCCAAAUGCGCUAGAGGGCGCUUUAGAUCGUCUAUUCAACAUGGUUCAUUCUCCCAUCUUGUCGGAAUCUUCAAUAACAGCGGAAAUUGAUCUUGUUAGUUCAGAAAAUACGAAAUACAUGCCACGAGACGAUUCCAGGCUUGGGCGCAUUAACAUGCACACAUCCCGUGUGGGGCAUCCUUUCAACACAUUCACAACCGGAAGCAGGGACACUUUAUGGAAUAAACCGAGAGAAUUAGGUCUCGAUGUUCGAAAUGAGACGGAGCAAUUCUAUAAAAAAUUUUAUUCCGCAAACUUGAUGACCUUAGCGGUCAUAGGCAAAGAUAAUUUGACCAUUCUGGAAGAAAUUGUGACUCGGAUUUUUACCCCGUUAAAAAACAGGAAUGCAACUCUGUCUAAAUGGGAGCAGCCACCCUUUGGACCUUCUGAACUUGGGGUCAAAAUUGAAAUGGUUGCCAUGGGGGAGAUGAAACGAUUGAUUAUGCUUUUCCCAAUUCCUGAUCAGGACAAGGAUGUUUUUAAAAACUAUAUCGCACCUGUGAUGACGCAAGGAGGGAAUCAUUCACUGUUCUCAUUUUUGAAGUUAGAAGGCUUUGCAACCUUAAGUAGUGCUUUGGUGGAUGAAAAAUUUCGAGGAUGUUUUUCAUUGGAAGUUACCCAUGACCUCACAGAUUUGGGGGUUUUAAGACACGAAGAAGUGGUUGUGCAAUUCUUCCAGUUCGUCAACCUUUUACGGAACUAUCCUCCUCAAAAAUGGUUUUGGGAUGAGGCAGAAGAAGUUAGGAAUUAUACUAGAAAAUACAAGACAGAUGUUGAAGCUUAUGUAGUUGCAUCAUCGCUUGGGAAAUCUAUGAUUGAAAACAGCCCCGACGAAGUUAUUUCGGAAUACUUAAAUCCCAAAAGAAUCCCUUUCAAUUCCACGCAAAUUAUUAAUUCGCUUGAGUGGAUAAGGCCGGAAAACAUGAGGCUAUACUUGGUGUCCAACUCCAUCAAAAACGCGUCCCGCACGGAGCCCCAUUAUCAAGUAAAAUAUAAUUUCGAACCUUUCGAUUCAGAGUUCUUGAUGGCCAUGAAAACAAACAAGUCACACCCAAAUAUCACCUUUCCCUCCAGCAACGUUUUUAUACCAAAGGAUUUUACAAUUAAGCAGAAUAUAUCGGAGGAUAUUUACAAAUAUACAAAUUUCUCCAGCAUCUGGAUUUACGCGAAUAAUGAAACAAAUUCUCCGAAAAUUGAGGUUACGAUCGGGCUUUACAGGGAUUCAAAAUUCGAUAUAUGGGAAUAUAUCUAAAUUUCAUCAGAGAAAUCCUUAAUAAAAAUUUGCAGCAGGACGUUAAUUACAUUUUCAUCUAUAUAUGUAUGUAGUCUUUACACUCCAUAUUCCACGCCGCAAGAUACUGGGCUGAACAACCUUUUGGCCACUCUCAUAAAGACAAAAAUUUCUCGGAUGUAUGAUAAGGCUACGAUCGAGCGGGUACCUCGAUCGAAAUUUCGAGUGUAACUUAUGGUUUAAAGGUACAUGUUUAAGAGUUUAAUUAUGUAAACGAGACAAUUUUUUACAUGCAAACCUUAUUGCGAUCAGAUUCUCCUUUCAAAACUCAAACUCAUAGUUUGCUUCAUAUUGGAAGUAAAUUUUGACAAUAUAUUUAGAUUAACGUAAAGGGAAUUACAAAUGCCUUGGCCCGAAUUGUGACUGAAUUAAUGGACACAAUUUCUUCCUUAUCAUUUGCAACAUCUGAGUUUGACCUGGCUAAAGAAAUUUACCAAACCUCAUUAAUAAGUAAAAUGCACAAUACAUAUUCCUGCCUAAGAGUUACUCCUUCACGCUGAGAUGGUCAAAGAAUAAACUGGGUUGAACAUGGUUUGCGUCGGCAUUGUCACUGUAAAAUUAAUGCCCAAGGGAACUAAAUAUUAAUGGAGAGUAUAAUAGCAUGAGGUUGAAAUUUCAAAUGGAUUACACAUUCUACGCGGUUUAGCUCUGCUAAGACAUUAGCGUAUGAGAAGGCAUAAAAAGUUUCGUGUUGGGCUUCCUUGAAUAAUUUAUUGAAUGUGCGAUUAGUUGAUGAAAAGGCAGAUUGUUGCCGUACUUAGUCGGAGAACCAAGAUGGUGAUGUAAAUCUUUGAUAAAUAUUUUUAGACUAACAUAUCUUCUUAUAAGCUGGAAAUGUCUCUUGGCAACGGAAGUGAAAGUUAUUUUCCGCUACGGAAGUGAAAGUGGAGAAAGUUAAGUUUCAAAUGGCGCGACAAUUCAAAUUAAAUUCUUAAUUUUAAAAAUAAAUACCCCCAUAACUAUCGUCUCCUGACAACCACCCCCAGAUCACCACUGCCACUGUCUGACAAGCACGCCCAGAUAACCACCUCAUGAUAACCACCCACAGAUAACCACCGCCUGAAAUCACCUCCUGACAACCCCCCAGAUAACCACCCGCUGAUAAUCACCCCUGAUAACCACCCCCAGAUAACCACCAUCAGGCAACAGCGCAGGGUCGAUGGAUUGUGAUACAUCGGGACUGGGACGAGUGUGCUGGGCUGUGCUGUUCGCACAGCACAGUCAACGACGGUUCUUUAGGGAUGGUUAUACUGAGUGGUUAUCUAAUAAUACUUAUAUUGGUUAUCUUGGCCACUGUACUUUACAGUAAAGUUAAAGUGAAAUGGUAAAUUGCGGAACAUUUACUUUCACUACCCUUGAUUCCUGACAACAGACAUUUCCAGCUACUAAUAUAAGAUACAAUGGAAAAAUUAAUUCGGUGGAGUUAUGCACAAUCCUACUCAAUUUUAAUGAAAAUUAAUUAAGCUGCCGCCCGGCGGGAGACGGGCUUAUACGCUAGUUUUUAAUAAAACGCAAGUUUCCAAGAGUAUUAAGAAACCGAAGAUGCUAAUUUGUGUUAACUUAUCCGUUAACACAAAUUAAUUAGCAGUGCUAAUUCGUCUUAACUUACUUAUUAAAACAGGAGAAAACGCAACCCCAAGGGUGGCAAAUAUUUCAUUUUCCAUAUUUGCUGCGCAUUUUUCCUCCUUUGGAUGCAAACACUGUUAGAAAAAAUUUUACUUUUUUGAAAAGUAAGUGCACUUUUUACUCCAUAUGAAAAAAAGUUUACUAAAUCCAGAGUAACGCUUACUUGGUACGGAGUAAACCUUGCUUCAUAUGGAGUAAAAAGUGCACUUACUUUUCAAAAAAGUAAAAUUUUUUCUAACAGUGAAUAUCUCCGCCAAACUGGCGCAUUGGCAAAUAGUGUCAUUUGCAAAUUUCAUACUAAUUAUAUUUGUGAUCGAUUGACGCUGGUUUGGUCCAAAUGUGUGACCAUAUGUUCGGAAACCUCCAUUGUGAGUUAUUCACUUUUAGAAAAUACACCCCAACACCCUUCAGAAGUUGUGGGCUAUGAAGGACAUGCGCAUGGCAUGCUUUUUUAGGGUAAAUUUUUUUUAAAUAUUUGCGGAAUUACAUACUUAUGUAUGUCACUCACUACCCAUAACAUGGGUAAUAUGGGUUAGUAAUUACCAUAUUAUGGUAAUUACUUUCGGGAAUUCAUAUUGGGGAAUAAAAUGUUACGAAUUUCCUGUCGUCCAACGAAAAAGGAAACGCAAGAGAGAUCGUUUUGAUGGAAACGGGCCGCCUGAGACGAUGAAACAUUCAAGUAAUCGAUUUAUGAAAUUAUUCAUUGUGUAUUUUGGAAACAAUGGCAGGAUAUGUACAUACAUAUACAUAUCGUCGUACUAAUUCUAAAAAGGCCUAAGUGCAGUCAAUAAUAAAUUUUAGA